AUGUUGCUUAGGGAGUUGGAGAAUAGUAGAGUAGACGUAAUUACUAUGGACGUGCUUGGUAAUAGAGUAUCUUUUGGAUUUAGUGAAUUUUGUCUGAUAACGGGCCUGAAAUAUAGUAGAYGGCCGAYUCGUAAGGACACUUCUCCGAAGAGGCUUAGGAAGUUGUACUUUGAUGACAAAGUUGAUAUCUUAUUAAGUGAGUUUGAGGCGAGGUAUAUGGUGAUGCAAUUCGAGGAUGACAUUGAUGCAGUCAAGAUAUCAAUGUUAUUAUUUGUUGAGCUUGUCUUGUUUGGAAGGGAUAGGACGUUGAAGUUGGAUAAUAGCCUCUUAGGAGUCGUGGAUGACCUAGAGGUUUGCUGUAAUUAUGGCUGGGCUGAGAUGUCUUUUGAGAAGACUAUAGAAAGUUUGAAGCGUGCCCUGACGAAGAAGGGGAGAGAUGGGGGGCUGAGGAAGACGUAUAGUCUGUACGGUUUCCCCUGGGCAUUCCAGGUUUGGGGAUACGAAACAAUAUCGUGUUUGACCAGUCGGGUUGCGCAUCCUAUAAAACCGGAUGGUGUCCCACGCAUACUUAAGUGGAAGUGUGGAUAUUCACCUGCGUGGGUUGUCAUGGAGAAGGAGAUAUUCUAG